AAAGAAUCGUUUUCAAUCUUAUCUCAAUCUCUUCAUAUAUUUCACUUUAAAACAGUCCACUUUCUGUAUUGUCAUGGGCUUUCCAACCGCACCCAAGCCCAAGACCCUUCUUGGCUUCCACCGCAUCCUAUCCCCAACUGCCGGAGUCAAAGUGUCACCAAUUUGUCUCGGCGGCAUAAGCAUCGGCCACGAGUGGAAGUUCUACACCGGCAAAAAUGAAGAACCAUUCAAGCUUCUCGACGCCAUUUACGAUAUCGGAGGAAAUUUCAUUGAUACCGCCAGCAAUUACAACAACCAAAUGUCAGAAGCACUUAUCGGUCAGUGGAUGGAAGAACGUGGCGUGAGGGAUCAGAUGGUCAUUGCGACGAAAUACACCGCAGGUUAUCGUGCAUUUGGCGACAACCCAGAGCCUUUGCAGUCCAACUUUACGGGUAACUCUGCAAAAAGCAUGCACAUUUCGGUGCGUGAUAGUUUGAACAAGUUGAGGACAGAUUAUAUCGACAUUUUAUAUGUUCACUGGUGGGAUUACGCGACGCCAGUUGAAGAGGUGAUGAGAGGUCUUCAUGUUCUUGUCAUGCAAGGAAAGGUCCUCUAUCUUGGAAUCAGCAACACUCCCGCCUGGAUUGUUGUCAAGGCCAAUGCCUACGCAAAACAGCAUGGCUUGACUCCCUUCUGUGUUUACCAAGGCAAUUGGAACGCGGCCUUCCGCGACAUGGAGGGUGAUGUGAUCCCCAUGUGCGAGGACCAAGACAUGGCGAUUGUGUCUUGGGGUUCCUUGGGCACGGGAUCGCUUCUUACAGCUCAACAAAGAAAGGAGAGGGAAGCGGACCCAGAUGUACCAAAGCCUGAAGUAUCAGAGGUUGCUCUGAAGACUAGUGAGGCGUUGGAGAGAAUAGCUGAUCGAAGGGGAACGACAUUACAAGCGAUCGCACUGGCAUACCUAUUCCACCAAUCCACCUACGUGUUCCCUAUCGUCGGAGUCAAUACUGCUGAACACAUCAAGGCGAUGCCCGAUGCCCUAAAGAUCAAGCUUUCCAAGCAAGAGAUCGACGAGAUUCACGAAGCAUCUCCGUACAAUCCUGGAUAUCCCAUGAACUUUACCCAGUAUAUGCAGCCAGUCAAAUAUGAUCUUUCUUGGACACCCGCAGAUAACCAGCAAUACCAAAUGUCAGCUUGGAUAGAUGCUCCUCCUAAGCGCCUGCCGUACCAACCGAAAACUUGGUAGACAGUGUUGCGCGGGUGGGGCCGAAAUAGUCAUUACUGGAAACCGAAUGGGAUUUUCUGUAAUAAAAUCAUAGAAAAUGC